AUGCCGAUAUGCGUGUCGUAUGCCUACUGUUCUCGGGGUGACACUCGUGUGGAGGGUGCUGGACAGAUGGUGACGCCACAGAGUAGCGGAGUGCCCGCAGCAGGCAGCCCCCAGCGAGAUGGUAGCCUAAGGCAUGACACCACACGUAUUGCACAGGUCGGCCCUUCACACUGGUGCAUACACAUCCAGACUCCUGACGCUAGUCGCAUACACGUGUGACUGGAAUGGCUGUAAACAGUGGUGGAACGGGAUUAAACUGAUCUGGAAAAUUGUAUUCACCGCUGUUAUCUUUCUGGCGGCCGUGAUGGGCUCCUGGCCCUCCUCGCCCUCGCUGGCGUCGCCAACUGCCACAUCCGAAAACUCGGCCCAGGUAGGAAACUUCCAUUUCCAUCUAGUCAGUGCGCAUGUCGUCUGCAUUUGUAUUCUUCUUGUCUUGGCCUGCUUUCGUCGCCUGCUUUCGUCAUUUUAGGUCAUGAGACCACCACGACCACCACUACCGCUCCGACCGGCGACAUGGCUGGCGGUGAGCAGCUCUUACGAUUAUUCCGAGAGAGCAAAUUCUUAUCGUCACGGUGGUGCUGCUCUGAUGCACAUUGAUGCAGCAGAUCGGCAAACCGUCGAAUGUGACCCGGCUGACCUGGCCUGCCUGCCGCUAG